AUUUUUUGUCUACCCCUCCCUUUCCAACAUAAAACAGACGAUCUCGCGCAGUCCCUAUUCAGUAAUUGUCGAGUCACGGUUCGUUGCAGAUCACAUUACCGGCUAGGAAAGCGUACCUUCUUUUGAAAAUGUCUGCUGAACAAGUAGCUGAUAUUGGUUUGAUCGGUUUGGCUGUCAUGGGUCAAAACUUGAUUCUCAACAUGGCUGAUCACGGAUUCGUCGUUUGUGCCUUUAACCGUACAACGUCGAAAGUGGAUGACUUUCUUCACAACGAGGCCAAAGGAAAGAGUGUUGUAGGGGCACACUCCGUUCGUGAAUUAGUCGCUAAAUUGAAGAAACCUCGUCGUGUCAUGAUGCUCGUGCAAGCUGGCAAAGCUGUCGACCAGUUCAUUGACCAACUGGUAGAAUUCCUUGAAGCUGGUGAUAUCAUAAUUGAUGGAGGCAAUUCGGAGCACGGUGAUACAACACGUCGGUGCACCACCCUCAGAGAGAAAGGCAUCCUUUACGUCGGUUCCGGAGUGUCUGGUGGUGAAGAAGGUGCACGAUACGGACCUUCCUUGAUGCCUGGUGGCCAUAUCGAAGCUUGGCCACAUAUCAAACCCAUUUUUCAGUCGAUCUCUGCCAAAAGUGAUGGAGAGCCGUGCUGCGAUUGGGUAGGAGAAGGUGGAGCAGGGCAUUUCGUGAAAAUGGUUCACAACGGCAUUGAAUAUGGCGAUAUGCAAUUGAUUGCCGAAGCUUACCACCUGAUGAAAAGCGUUUUGGGCAUGACUCCACCUGAAAUGGCUGACGUUUUUGAUGAAUGGAAUAAGGGAGAGUUGGAUUCCUUUCUUAUUGAAAUCACUGCCAAUAUUUUGCGUUUCCAGGACGACAAAGGUGAUUAUUUGGUCGAGAAAAUUCGUGAUUCUGCUGGACAAAAGGGAACUGGAAAAUGGACUGCAAUUGCUGCUCUAGACUACGGUGUCCCAGUUACCCUGAUCGGCGAGGCAGUUUUCGCUAGGUGCUUAUCUUCUCUGCAAGCAGAACGCAUCGAAGCCUCUAAAGUGUUGCCUGCACCUGCCUUUAAAGCUUACUCUGGUGAAAGGGCUUCAUUCAUUGAAGCUAUCCGUAAAGCAUUGUAUGCUUCAAAGAUUGUCUCUUAUGCUCAAGGUUUUAUGUUGCUACGAGAGGCGGCCAAGCAGUAUGACUGGACACUUAACUACGGUGGAAUUGCAUUAAUGUGGCGUGGCGGUUGCAUCAUCCGAAGUGUGUUUUUAGGAAACAUCAAAUUGGCCUUCGAGCGUAACCCAGAUCUCAAGAGCCUGUUAAUGGACGACUUUUUCCGACAGGCUGUGGGCACUUGUCAAGAGUCGUGGCGUGAUGUGAUUGCAACGGCUGCCCAAUAUGGUGUCCCUGUUCCGGCCUUCUCAACGGCCCUCUCUUUCUACGAUGCCUAUCGUUGCCAACGCCUCCCGGCCAAUCUAAUCCAGGCUCAGCGCGAUUACUUUGGCGCACACACCUAUGAGCUGUUGGAUCAGCCAGGUGUGUUUCACCACGCAAACUGGACCGGUCACGGAGGAAGGACUUCUGCUUCUACAUACCAAGCCUAAAUUAUCACAGAACCAAAAGUUUAUGCAAACGAAAAAUUUUAUACGCAGUUAAAACUGGAUUGAAAUCUGCGCGGUUAUGUGAGUGCUGUGGAGCAACUCGAUAAGGUUAUGGAAUUGCUGGAACGUGAUCUAUAUAAUAUUCCAAUUUUUUUCAAUCAUUAAAAUUCCUUCUCUUAUACGUUCCUGUUGAUUUACAAUCGAGAUAUUUGGCUAAUACAUUAUACAACAUUGGUCAUGAA